GUGCUGUAGAAGAGCCACGAAGUUUCCGUGAGCGAAAAUGAUUCGCCUACGAUUGGCAAUUGUGCUGAAAAUCCUAAUCGCGACCGUAUCGCCUCAUGAAACUGACCUUAUUGAUGUCGAAUGGGAGCACGGAACUUGUCACGUUAAAAAAUAUCCCAGUCAGUGGUACCCGCGACCCGUUGCAGUUCAUGUAGGUCAUCAGUGCUAUCCUUUUAUUCCGGAUGACGGUUCCAGUGAUGUUCCAAUCUUGCCGAGCAGGGAGGAUAUGUGCUGUUCAUGCGUAGUUCCUCAACUAACAACUGCAGCUUUAAUCAGAACGCCUACUGUACCACAAGGUCCGGGAGCUUCUGGUGGUACAACAGUUUCUGUGAAACCAGGUCAAAGCAGCGGAAAGCUUACCGUGCCACAAGGUCCUGGAGGUUCUGGUGGCACAACAGUUUCUGGAAAACCAGGUGGAGGCAGUGGAAAAUCAACAGUAUUACAAAGUCUUGGUGGUACAACAGUUUAUGGAAAACUCGGAGGCGGCAGUGAAAAAUCUACCGUAUCACAAGAUUCAGGAGGUUCUGGUGGUACGACAGUGUCUGGAAAACUCGAAGGCGGAAAGUCUACCAUACCUGGAGGCUCAGGUGGCACGAUCAUUUCUGGAAAACCGGGAGGAGGUAGUGGCACGACAAUUUCUGGAAAACCGGGAGGAGGUAGUGGAAAAUCUACCGUGCCUCAAGGUCCUGGAGGUUCUGGUGGAACGACAAUUUCUGGAAAACCGGGAGGAAAUAGUGGAAAAUCUACCGUGCCUCAAGGUCCUGGAGGUCCUGGUGGCACGACAAUUUCUGGAAAACCGGGAGGAGGUAGUGGAAAAUCCACCGUGCCUCAAGGUCCUGGAGGUUCUGGUGGCACGACAAUUUCUGGAAAACCGGGAAGAGGUAGUGGAAAAUCCACCGUGCCUCAAGGUCCUGGAGUUUCUGGUGGAACGACAAUUUCUGGAAAACCGGGAGGAGAUAGUGGAAAAUCCACCGUGCCUCAUGGUCCUGGAGUUUCUGGUGGAAUGACAAUUUCUGUAAAACCGGGAGGAAGUAGUGGAAAAUCUACCGUGCCUCAAGGUCCUGGAGGUUCUGGUGGCACAAUUUCUGGAAAACCGGGAGAAGGUAGUGGAAAAUCCACCGUGCCUCAAGGUCCUGGAGUUUCUGGUGGAACGACAAUUUCUGGAAAACCGGGAGGAGAUAGUGGAAAAUCUACCGUGCCUCAAGGACCUGGAGGUUCUGGUGGCACGACAAUUUCGGGAAAACCGGGAGGAGAUAGUGGAAAAUCUACCGUGCCUCAAGGUCCUGGAGGUUCUGGUGGAACGACAAUUUCUGGAAAACCGGGAGGAGGUAGUGGAAAAUCUACUGUGCCUCAAAGUCCUGGAGGUUCUGGUGGCACCACAAUUUCUGGAAAACCGGGAGGAGAUAGUGGAAAAUCUACCGUGCCUCAAGGUCCUGGAGGUUCUGCUGGCACAACAAUUUCUGGAAAACCGGGAGGAGGUAGUGGAAAAUCCACAGUGCCUCAAGGUCCUGGAGGUUCUGGUGGCACGACAAUUUCUGGAAAACCGGGAGGAGGUAGUGGAAAAUCUACCGUGCCUCAAGGUCCUGGAGGUUCUGGUGGAACGACAAUUUCUGGAAAACCGGGAGGAGGCACGACAAAUUCUGGAAAACCGGGAGGAGGUAGUGGAAAAUCCACAGUGCCUCAAGGUCCUGGAGGUUCUGGUGGCACGACAAUUUCUACAAAACCGGGAGGAGGUAGUGGAAAAUCUACAGUGCCUCAAGGUCCUGGAGGUUCUGGUGGCACGACAAUUUCUGGAAAACCGGGAGGAGGUAGUGGAAAACCGACCGUAUUACAAAGUCUUGAAGGCACUACAGUUUCUGGAAAACCAGCAGCCGGCAGUGGUCAAUCUACAGUACCUCAAGGUCCAGGAGGUUCUGGUGGCAUAACAGUUUCUGGAAAACCUGGAGGUGGCAGUGGACAAUCUACAGUACCUCAAGGUCCUGGAGGUUCUGGUGGCAAAACAGUUUCUGGAAAACCAGGAGGAGGCAGUGAAAAAUCUACCGUACCACAAGGUCCAGGAGGUUCUGGUGGCACAACAGUUUCUGGAAAACCAGAAGAAGGAAAUGGAAAAUCUACCGUACCACAUGGACCAGGAGGUUCUGGAGGCACAACUGUUUCUGGAAAACCACAAGGGCCUGGAGGUUCUGGAAAACCCGGAGGCGGCAGUGGACAAUUUACAAUACCUCAAGGUCCUGGAGGUUCUGGAGGCACAAAAGUUUCUGGAGAACCACAAGGCCCUGGAGGUUCUGGAAAACCCGGAGGUGGCAGUGGACAAUCUACCGUACCUCAUAGUCCAGGAGGUUAUGGUGGUACAACAGUUUCUGGAAAACCAGGAGGAAGUGGAAAAUCUACCAUACAAGUCCUUGGAGGUUCAACAGUUUCUAGAAAACCAGGAACCAGCAGUGGACUAUCUACAGUACCUCAAGGUCGAGGAGGUUCUGGUGACACAACAGUUUCUGCAAAACCAGGAGGCGACCGCGAAAAAUCUACUGUAUCACAAGGUCCUGAAGAAUCUGGUGGCACAACAGUUGCUAUAGGCCUUGAAGGACCUGAAGGUGGCAGAUCGACUAGAGUCCCAAUAGAUACGACCAAAACGAUUGACGAAGAGUUGGAAAACUUGCUGGAGCAAAUCCAGAAGCAUAAAUGCGACGAAGUAGCAUAGAAUUCUAGAAAAAGUUAUGAUAAACUAAGCAAUAUAUAAAAACAAGCCUAUUUUAAGCAAAAAUACACUGGACAAAGAUCGUUAAAGAA